UCACUGCGCCUGCGCAUGCCACACACGCACUCGCGUGGCCUUCGCGAAGGUGUCGCUGCCAAGAAACGUGUCCUGCGCGCAACGCCGUCUGUUUCUAGGGCAACGCCGGCGUCUCUUAGCAACCGCGCGCGGCCUGGGUGGGUCCCCCCGGAACCCCCAGCCCUGCCAUGGCGACCGCGAGUCGUAGCGUCUUUCUACUCAUGGUCAACGGGCAGGUGGAGAGCGCCCAGUUUCCAGAGUAUGAUGACCUCUACUGCAAGUACUGCUUUGUGUAUGGCCAGGACUGGGCCCCCACAGCGGGUCUGGAGGAGGGGAUCUCACAGAUCACAUCCAAGAGCCAAGAUGUGCGGCAAGCACUGGUGUGGAACUUCCCCAUUGAUGUCACCUUUAAAAGCACCAAUCCCUACGGCUGGCCACAGAUCGUGCUCAGCGUGUAUGGACCAGAUGUGUUCGGGAACGAUGUGGUUCGAGGCUAUGGGGCCGUGCAUGUGCCCUUCUCACCUGGCCGGCACAAAAGGACUAUCCCCAUGUUUGUCCCAGAAUCUACGUCUAAACUGCAGAAGUUUACAAGCUGGUUCAUGGGGCGGCGGCCCGAGUACACAGACCCCAAGGUGGUGGCUCAGGGUGAAGGCCGGGAAGUCAUCACAGCUCCCCGGAAAGCUGUCUUCUCUGUCCAUGGCCUCACCUCACCCAGGGCACUGGCCUUGGUCCACAUCAAGGGGACCUGAAGCUUCCCUGAAGCCUCUAGCCUGUGGCAUGCACGUCCAAGCCUCAGGCCCCAUUUGUCCAGCCUGUCAGCAGCUGGGAAAUACUAACUCACCCUCUCUGGUUAUGUUUAAUUUUCCAGUUUUUCUCAACAUUACUGAAAUGUCUAAACAUGGAAAAGUUGCCAUCAUUUUACAGUGAACACCACAUACCCACCACCUAGAUUUUACCAUUACCAAUUUCCUGUUCCAUACUUGUAUAUUCACAUGUAUCCAACUAUUCAUCCCUGUUUCAAUCCAUCCUAUUUUUAUUGCAUUUCAAAAUAAACCGCGACAUCAGGACUCCACCUUCUGUAUAUUUCAGCACACUUAUACCAUUAACCAGAAUCCAGUGUCUGGCUUUAGUGUGUUCUUUAGAGGGGACAUUUACAUAUAACAAA